GUUACAAGAUGGAGGAGGUGGAUAAAAUUGUUAUUCACUCUCUAAAUGUGAUCGGAUGUGAUUUAGAUGAAGACAUUCAGAGUUUGAGACAGUUCAGUACAGAAUUAAUUGUGUCGUCUGCUAUACGUUGUCUCAAAGUGAUCAACAAUGAGGUCGACCUGCCAAAUUCCUUACCAAGUGGAAUGUCUGCUAGAUUUAGAACGGGAACCAGUUUGGCAUCUAUUAUACAGGAACUUGGAUACAAAGGAGAAAUUGGUUACCAGACAUUUUUAUAUUCCAAUGAAACAGAAAUUAGAAAAGUGUUUAUGUUUCUCAUUGAUAAACUGCCUAAAGAUAAAGUGGAAACAGAAGAGGAACCAUUAGGUGCUUCUGCAUUAUUGCAAAGAACAAUAUCAGCCUCUGUAGCAAGAUAUCUAGACUCUCCAUGGGUGCCUCCAUAUUUAAAGAGUAAAAAUAUAACAUGGAGAGGAAAACCUCCAGUCUGGCAAAAAGAGGGUGCAUUAUCUGCUUGUAAAUAUCAUUCCUGUCAUGUAAGAUCUCCACAUGGUAUGGGUGACCUAACAAAGAAAAUAUCAAAAGAAGUUAAAUCCUAUUAUUCUGAAAGUCUUCCAUACAUUACCAAUCAAACCAUACAUCACUGUGAUACAGCGCCAUCUGUCAUGGAGGACUUGGCCUCAGAACUAACAGCACAACAAGAAUGGGAUAAUGAAUGGAAUACAAUUGGUCUUCCUUCUAGACUCUCAGAACAGGAAUACAGAGCCAGGAAAAGACAAAGAAUUCAGAAAAGAUUGAAAGACAAUUUACGGUCAGAUGUCCAGAGGAGUGGUGAUUUAGCUACAUCACAAUCUGCCAUGGACCUACAGCAGAUGAUUGAUGCCAUGGGUAACAGAUCAUCUGGUUCUGGUAAAACUAAAGGGUCAAGGUUCACACAUACUGAACAACUUAUUUAUGCAAAGGAUGAAGAGAAGACUUUAUCACAGAUACAAAGUCCUGAUGUAGAUAAAGGUCAUACUGAGGAGGAACUACAAAAACAGAGAGAAGAGGAUAUAGAAAAUAUAAAAACAGAAUAUAACAAUUUAAUAUCAAAAAUAGACAAUUUAGAACUUGAAUCUAAAAAACUAACAGCUUCAAUGAAACAAAUGGAGGAUCAAAUGUCAUCGCUAUUACAACAGAACCAAGAUAAAGAAGAGUCUUAUAAAGUCAAGAAACGUACACUGGACUUGUUACCUGAUGCUGAAAAUAAUAUUACCAAAAUACAGUCAGUUGUAGAUAGUAGUGCACAACGAUUGGUUACCUUAGCUAAUCAAUGGGAGAAACACAGAGCACCAUUGAUAGAACAGUACAGGGAACUUAAAGAUCUUAAUUCUAAGAAAGAGUCUGAAGCAGAGAAGAAGUUAGAAGAGAUAAAAGCAUUCCGAUCAAAAAUGAAAGAAGUAGCAGAUGAUGCCAGACAGAAAGAGGAGUUACAAAAACAAUUGAUAGCAGAAUAUGAGAGAAUGACAAAAGAUGUCAACAGGUCAGCAUAUACAAAAAGAAUCAUGGAGAUUGUGUCAAAUAUUAAAAAACAAAAAGACGGCAUUAACCAGGUAUUAGUAGAUACCAGAUCAGUACAGAAAGAAAUCAACAUGUUAUCUGGUAAAUUGGAUCGAACAUUUACUGUAACAGAUGAACUUAUAUUCAGGGAUGCUAAAAAGGAUGAAUCUGUGAAGAAGGCAUAUAGAAAUUUAGCAGCAUUACAUGAGAAUUUUGAACAGCUUAUACAAACUGUAACACAGACUGGUACCAUUAUGAGGGAGAUAAGAGAAUUAGAGGACCAGAUUGAAUAUGAGAGUAAGAGUAAGGUGUUAACUAAUCUAGAAAAGAUUACGUCUGAUUACCAACAAAUGAAGAAAGAAAAUUCUUCAAUGGCGACUAAACUUAAACAGCAGAAAUCUUGAUAGAUAAUAAUUUAGCAUACCAUGUGCCAAAACAGAAAGACACAAACAAUCAUUGCUUCCGUAAUUGAAAGUCUGUAAAGGUUGAAUAGAAUAAUACUCUGAAGAUAUAUUAAAAGAUUUUUUUUCGCUGAAUCAUGUUUGCUAACUGUUUUGUUUUAAAUUUUGCAGACUCUUUAAGAAGCAUAUUAUGAAAUAAUUAGUGUAUUCACUUCCUUAUUUGUUACAUUAUUUUAUUGACCAAAUAAGAUAUCUGCAUAUCCACCCUAUGUUUAUGCUUAGGCCAUAGUAAAAAAAAAUUCUAGAUUCUAUGAAAUCACAUUUACAACUUUUUUAACGUUAAGCUAAUUAACUUUUGAUUUAUCAGUUUAUUCGAAGAUUUUUUUCAAACUUUAAAAAAAAAAAUUUAAGAGAGCAUAUUUUAUUUUCUUAUUGUUUUCUGUUGCUGCUUCAUUGAGUAUGAACACUUUUCCCCAUGUCAAAAUGAAUUUUGUGAAUUUGUUAUAAGAAUAUACUUGUAAUAUAAAAAUGAAGAAAUGGUCAAAGGCGAAAAAAAUAAAAGGUAAAAAAAAAUAAAAGGUAAAAAAAAUUACAGACCAAAUUAUUUCAGCCUAUAUGGUCUUUGUCAAGGGUUGUUGAACAUGGAAUAAAAUUUCCAAAUUACACAAGGACAGAGUGACAACUGGCCAUUCAACAUUUUUUCUUUCAAAUGGGAAAACAUGAAAUACAAAAAAAAAAAAAAUUUUUAAAAGUAAGAAUUUAAGAAUAUUUUGUUAUGGUCUUAUUAGUUAUUAUUUUAAAUCUGAUAUAAUAGACAACUUUCGGGUUAUGUCCUUCACCGGAAAAAAUCGUCUUUAUGAUGUCAUUUACCAGAUAGAGGGGAUCGCCUGUAUCCCUGCACUAUUAACAUUCAUCAAGCGUCUUAGUAUCUCUGGUAUCUUUUGUCCCUCUUUUAGUGAUCAUCAUUGUGCAGGAUAAACUAGAAAUAAUAUUUGUUCCAUAGGUACUUCAUCACAAUUCCCUAAUGAUAGCAGUGCUGAUUGUCUAUUAUUAGAAUUUAAUUUGCCGAAUAAUUCGUGCAAUAUAGCAUCAUAUUUUUCUAACCACUCGCUCAACAUGGGAACGGAAGUGACGAUGCCCCUAAACGCACUAAUGAUGUUCACUAAAACCAAAGUUUUUUGACGGAAAUGCAUCGAACUCGAAAGUUGUUUAUUUACGUGUAGUUUGCUUUUUUUCCUGAUAUCCCUUACAUUUUGUAUGAUUAUUUCUUAUUGUAUGCAUAUAUUUAAGAGGCAUUAGCCAUUUUCACAUUAAAUCUAAAGGAAAAGUCACUUAUAAGCUAUGAACAGUUUAGUUUAACUUAUGGUCAAUUUAAGUCGGAAAAUAUUGGUGAAGAGGAAAACUGUUUUCUAUUUAUUGUUUAUAAAAGUUAAAAUCAGAAACAGAGGUAUUUAUCCAUCUUUAAUAGACAUUUUUCACAUAUUGGAAAGUCAAAUUUCCUUUUAUUCAAUGUCAAUCUCCAUUUUUUCUCACCUAAGAACAGACGACUAACAGACAUAUUAGAACUUAAUAAAAAUUAAAAAUAUCUAACAUCAGUAUGACAAUGCCAGCUGUCUUAAGAAGUAUUCUUUGGUAUCAACUUUAUUUAUAUUAGAAGUUUUUCUGUAUUUUAUUUGCAUGCUUGGUGGCAAUUAGUAAAUUUGAGAGCUUAAAGGUCCCACAUUUUAUACCUUACUUAAGCUUAACAGAUUGUCUUUAUUAAACACAAGAAUCAGUAAAUUAAAAACCUUUAACCCACCUUAACAUAGAAGUAAUUGUUAUGGUCAUGUUAAUUCAAAUUGUAUACACACUGCCAUGUUUAAAAAGAUUAAUUAGAUUCAUUUGAUAUAAGGGAGCUACCAUUUGAUUUUUAGGGGGGUGCUAGUAUGAAAUUUGAAUAAAAAAGGCAGGACAGGAGUUUUGAGUAAAAAAAAAGUCAGGAUGAGCAACUUGGCAAAAAAAAAGGCAGAGUGACAAAUUAUGUAAAAAAAGUCAGGAUAAACUAAUAAAAAAAAAUGCAGGACCGAAUAAAGUGAAUAAUAAAAAGGCAGGACCGAGAUUACAACUACAAAAAAAUGCAGGACACAAUUUUUCAUCCUAGCCCCCCCCCCCAUAAAAAUCAAAUGGUAGCUCCCUAAUGUAAAGUUUUUUUUGCUUUGUUUCAAAAAUUGCCCAAAAAAGACUUUGCUGCCUUCUUUAAAAGGAAAUUUUUAUAGCACCAAGUUCAAGUAUUAAUAAAGAUACAUCUACAUUGACAUUAAAAGAAUAGUGCUACAUUUUACUAAUUACUUUUUAAGAAGUUAUGUUCCUUCAAACCUUAAGGAUCAUGGGUGCAAAGCAAUUGAGUGCUAUGUUUGUUGCGUUAUAGAAAAUUCAUGUACAUGUAGUAGCUUUUUACUUAAUUACAUGUUAGUUUGUUUGAAAAGGAAUGCCCAUGGGAAACUUGUUAUUAUAGUUUUCCUGAACAACAUUUCAGAUGAAUGGAAUAUUCUUGUAAGCACUGAAAUGUGCUCAUUUCUGAGGGGGAUGACACACUGGUCGGAUGUGGGAUAUUUGGGGUUAAAAAAGUGAAUGUUGAGGGGGAGUAAAAAGUGGGAUUUGGGAACAAAGAAUGAUAAAAAGUGGGAAGUGGGAAAAAAUAACAAAAAAGCAGGAUUUGAGAAAUGAACAACCCCGUGUCAUCCCCUCAUUUCUAAGUGCAUUUGUAAAAAUGCUUACCUAAAGUAAAUCUCAUAAAAAAUAAAAUCAGGAGUAAUUGUAAAAUAAUUUUUUCAGAAGUUUUGUCAUUUUAGAACAUUGUACAUUCACUGCCAUUUGCACUAACUUAUAGUUUUGUAUGAAACCAUUUUAUUACAGAAGCAUUACCCAUAGCGGAUACCUAGACUAUGAAAUAUCUGCUAUUCAAAUACCUUAUCUAGGCUGUGUCAUUAUGUUCAAAUGAUAAUGUUCAUAAUAAGUAAAACCAAUAUUGAGUUAUAAUUAUUGUGUAGUUAUAUUUUUGUAUGAUUUCUUGGUUCUGUGAAAUUAUGAAAUUUAAACUGGAGGAAACAAACAUGACCGUGAUUUGACAUUUCUCAGUAA